GUUAUAAAUCGAACAGUGUUUCUAUAAACCUCAUCAAAUAAACUCGUCUUAAACUCUUCCACAUCCAAUAAAAAAAUCAUCAUGAACAGAAAGCAUGUACUUGUUGGCCCACCUUUAAGUUCUCCAAUUCCUAAUGAAAAUCUUGCCCAACAAAUUUAUGAGAAUUUCCGUCAACGUAGACGAGAUGAAAUUGCAUUUAAAAACGAUAUCACCGAUCAAUGGGUUUCUGUUGGAAAAGUUCUUGAUGAUUCCGCUAGAAUAGCAAUCUCUUUAACAGAAAUGGGACUAUCUUCAAAUAAUUUAAUCGCUAUUUGUUCAAAUAAUCAUAUUAAUUAUCCAAGUGUGAUCUUUGGAGCGUUAGCCGCUGGAGUUCCUUUGGCGUUAAUGAGUCCCGUAUACACAGAGUAUGAAUUGGAGAGUCUUUUUAACAUCAUCGAACCGGAUGUUGUUUUUUGUUCAGAAAUGAACAUGGAAACGUUAGUUAAGUUAAAACCAAAAACGAAAACGUUAAAAAAAGUCGUGGUUAUCGACACUGAAGAACCAGUUCCCGGAGUUGAAGAUUUAGACGCGUUUAUUUCACCAUCAAUUUCAUCGAAAUUUUCCGUUGCUGAUUUUCCAAUUAGAAAAGUCAACGCUAAAGAUCAAUUAGCGUUUAUUUUAUUCUCUUCGGGCACAACUGGUUUACCGAAAGCAGUUGCUUUAACUCAUUAUGGUGUUAGUGGUACUCUUAUUGGGUUAAAUCAUCCUGAUUUAGUACUUCCAAUUGAACCAGACGUUGGAUUAGGCGUCCUUCCAUUCUUCCAUAUUUACGGUUUAUACGUCAUCCUUCAAACCAUCAUCAAGAAGAAACCUUUAAUGAUUCUUGAACAUUUUAAUCCAUUUGAUUAUUUAAGGUGUAUUGAAAAGUACAAAAUCGACGUCGUUAUUGGAGUACCAAUGUUGAUACAAUUUUUAGCUAAAAGCCCUGUUGUUGAUGAUUACGAUUUGUCGUGUGUAAAAGAAGCAACUUGUGCUUCAGCUCCAAUUGGUGAAGAUACUAUUCAAGAACUCAAAGAUCGUUUGAAAUUACAAAAUGUUCGUCAAGCUUAUGGUUGUACAGAGGCUCAUAUGUUGGUUACAAUAUCUCCAGCGGUAGGAGCAAGACCAGGUUCAGUGGGAAAAGUUGCUCCUGGGAUGAAAAUGUUUAUUAGAGAUGUAAAAACUGGGGAAUCUCUUCCAGCGUUUAAAGAAGGCGAAAUUUGUUCGAUAAGUGAUAUGGUAAUGAAGGGUUAUUACAGAAAUGAUGCUGCAACUAAAGAAACGUUCACUGAAGAUGGUUGGUUAAAAUCUGGAGAUAUUGGAUAUUACGAUGAAGAUGGUCAACUUUACAUCGUUGACAGAAUGAAAGAAUUGAUUAAAUACAAAGGAUUUCAAGUGGCUCCAGCAGAACUUGAAGCUGUGUUGAUGAAGAACAAAAAGAUUGCAGAUGCCGGCGUUAUUGGUAAACCGGAUAAAGUAGCUGGGGAAGUACCAGUGGCUUUUGUUGUGAAACAAGAAGAUGUUGAUCUCACCGAAACUGAAGUUAAAAAUUAUGUAGCCGGUUUUCUUACUCAAAGAAAACAUUUACACGAAGUUUACUUUGUCGAUGAAAUACCUAGGACUCGAUCUGGAAAAAUUAUGAGAAGGGAAUUGAAGAAAAUUUUGGAGAACAUGAUGAAAUCAAAAUUGUAAAUUCAAAAAUGUGGCUUAUCAUGAUGUAUAUAGAAAUAAAAGACCUAUGAUUAUUUA